AACUUCAGCAACAAAAGACUCAACCUCCCUCCUCUUCUGACCGCAAAACCCUAGUAAAAAUUUCAAAAUGCAAACUAUCUGUUAUACUACCCCUCGUUUGGCCCUACUUAUCAACCGGAAAACCUUCAAACUCCGAGCAUUUUCAUCCGAUUCUUCCAAUCAGUCUCGCGGCGGUCUCCCGAGGUUCUACUCCGACACCCUCCCUCCUUCCAAGGGAUCAGGUGUUCGUGUGCAAGGAGAUGAAUUUUGGCAUAUGACUAAAGUUCUUAGGUUGAAUUUACAUGACAGGAUAGAGCUCUUUAAUGGAAAAGGAGGUCUUGUUGAAGGUUGCAUAGAACGGAUUGACCGAGCUGGAGCAGAUGUAGUUGCACUUGAGAAUCCAAAAUUAGUACCCACGACUUCGACCCAAUGGCAUGUGUUUGCUGCUUUUGGUACUUUGAAGGGUGGUCGAUCUGAUUGGCUUGUUGAGAAAUGCACAGAGCUUGGAGCAAGCAGUGUAACGCCGCUGUUGACUGAGCGCUCUCCUUCAAUUUCUGAGAACAGAGUGGAUAGAUUGCAACGAGUCAUAUUGGCUGCAGCUAAACAAUGUCAAAGGCUGCAUGAAUUAACUUUGAACCCUCCUUUAAAAGUUGGUGGCCUCUUACCCAUCGUUUCACAGUCAAAACUAUCCUUUAUAGCUGCAGCAGAGGCUACACCAGUUUUGAAUGCGUUGCCCCUGUCUGAAAAACAGUCUGUUGGCUCACUUAUUAUUGGACCGGAAGGCGACUUCACAGAAACGGAGGUAAAGUCGAUGCUAGAAGCAGGAGCGACAUCAGUUGGUCUCGGACCACAUCGUCUUCGAGUUGAAACUGCAACAGUUGCUCUUCUGGCGACAGCAAUGUUAUGGUCCGACUCUUGGAAACUAACUGAUCCUUGAUAUGCUUCUAAUUGCAGGUGGAGUGGUUUUUAGUUUUCACGAAGAACGGGGAAAUUUCAUCUGAUGUUGAGCAAGUCGCUGGUAAAUUGUUACCAAGUGCAUAUCCUGCUCAGAAAUUCUGAAUCUGUCAAUGAACCCAUGCGAGUACAUUUUCAAGCUCUUGUCUCAACAAUCAACAUAAGUACCGUAUUUGGGAACAAGGAACAGUGCUACAUUCAUUCCAACUAUUCAACAUUCUAUGCCGAUGGUUCCUUUUUAUAGGCAGUAAAAUUUCGAACACAGUAAAUUCCUUUGCUUUUAUAGUCAUGCUUUAGGGAAGUAAAAUCACAAGAUUUGUUUUAUAAAAGAAUGUGGAGCCAGAAUAAUGAAGUCAAUUAUGAUACUGAUAGCAGUUUUAUUGACCAAA